CGUGUUUCCGCCACGGACCUGGCAACCUCCGUUCCUCCGUCGCCCACACGACGCAGACUCAAACCCAAUGGCGGACGAAGUGGAGCAGCAACCGUCUACCAACACGGUCGAGGAGCCGCUCGACCUGAUCCGACUGAGUCUGGACGAGAGGAUCUACGUCAAGAUGAGGAACGACCGGGAGCUCCGCGGCCGCCUGCACGCUUACGACCAGCACCUGAACAUGAUCCUCGGCGACGUGGAGGAGACGGUGACGACGGUGGAGAUCGACGAGGAGACGUACGAAGAGCUGUACAAGUCCACCAAGAGGAACAUCCCCAUGCUGUUCGUCCGAGGAGACGGCGUCGUCCUCGUAGCUCCGCCCCUCAGGGUGGGCUGAUGACCCCCGCGACCCCUUCCUGUUGGGAGGGAGUGUUCGUGUGCAGCGGCGUCACAACUCGUCCUCUUUUUGUGGGGACGCAAGGAAAUAAAACGUGACUUGAAUCGAAAGAAAGAAAGAGGACUUUUUAGUUUUGGACGAAGAACCCACAUUUUUAUUUUUAUUUGGGCAAAAAUAUUGUUGCUGAGUUUUAUUUCUCGUGAUGUUUCUCUUCGACUGCUCCGUAGAGAAUCAUUCUCCUCCGUAAGCCACAGAAUAUUAUUUAGUACCCGGCGUGUCGUCGCGCUCGUGGUCUGAACCUGAGUCGGCUUUGAGGGUUUAUUUUAAUUUUUUUACACAAGUGAAACGUUUUCUUUAGCUUCUCAGCGGAAGUCUUUCUGUUGCUCCAAACACGAGACGUCCGAGUGUCUUUUCUUUUUAAUAUCUCCAUGUUUUGUUUCGCUGAACGUCGAGUUAAAGGUGACUUUAAUAAAAAAAGGUAAUUUGAAAAA